CCAUUUUUGAUUUGAGGAAAAAUCAGCAAGGGUUGUUGACGAUUUUUAGUUGAUAGCUCUCAUUUCGUUGUAUUAUUUUCAAUUAUUAAUAUUUAGCGACUGAUAAUCGAGCAAUUGCUGGUUAAUUCCGUGAAGAAGAAAAGAAAGCAAUCUCAAGAUUUUCACAAUGGGUGACUCCCAGGAUCAGAACGAACCGCCGAAAAACCCAAAAGAGUUGGAAAAACUAGAAGAAGCCAAGCUGAAGGCAAAGUUCCCAAAUGCCAUGUUGGGACGUGGUGGACCGGGGGGACACUCGGCAUUCUUGCAGAAGAGGCUUGCUAAAGGACAAAAGUUCUUCGACUCUGGCGACUACCAGAUGGCAAAGCAGCGGCCGGGGAACCUAACAGCGCCCUUCAAGACCCCAGCCGCGCCCGCCAAGCAGCCAACGGGCGACACCAUCCCUACACCGGAAACUGUGCCCGUCCGCAAGACAUCCAUCAUCCAGCCCAAGUUCCAGCAAUCCAGCCAGACCUCCUAGCCCGCCGUUAAGUGACAGGAUUUUGUCUGUUAACCUGGCCAGACUUUCGGGGAUGUUUUGAGCAUUUUCUUGUUUACAGAAAUUUGAUCUUCAUUCUAGUUAUCUAAUUUGACAGGCUUGGAACUAUCACAGAAAAUAAAUUUCUUAAGUGUUUCUUACAGCAAUUUGUGGCUUGGACUUGAUCUUAGUUACACCUUAAUUUAUUGAAAACCUGUAGGGAUUUGAAUGACUAUUCUCACCUGCUGAUUGCUAGUUAAUUUUUACGUGACAAAAAUUUAAAAAAGUCGCAUUUUUGAUUAAAAAUUAUACUGUUGAAUUGACAAGUCUCAAGAUUGACUUCUAAGCAACAGGCAGUUUCUUGGUAUUCAGUGUUUCCAACCGGUUUUGAACAUUCUGUUAGUCUGGAUGGGUUCUAAUAGUUAAGGAGAGUCUUUUCAAAAGGGCUUAUUUCGCUAUGACCACCAUACAAAAAUAAGCCCUUUUGAAAAGACGCUUCUCAGUUAUCAAAAGUGUUUCUCAAUACACAUUUCUUUUAAAUUCUAAUAAUAAUCUUGUCCAACCAGAAUUUAGAAACACUCUUGAUAAUACACAAUAGAAUGUUAACAAUUUAUAUUUGCUUUUCUAGAUGUAGAAUAAAUAAAUGGUGACUGCACUAUAUUCAAUGAUAGCCAACCCUGCAAGCAUAAGAGAGAUUUUAUCACGCUAUUAUUCCACUUUACUUUUUUCUAUGGCGAAAUGCGUUGAAUUUUAGUAUAAGCACCAUUUUUUCCAGGGUCUGAUUAUCCAGGCUGGGACCGUGGGACCUAAGGCUGUCUUUGUGGUCCAACCUAUAUGUACUUGAUCAGACCCCCCCUAAUUUUGUGUUAGUGUGAAACAUCACUUAAAUUAAGAAUGAAGGUUGCCAGAGCUGGAGUUCCAACAUAACUAUUGCUAAUAACCAGGGAUUGACUGAACUAGACAUGUUUCUAGUUUACUUCUCUCGGGUAAAUGUUAGAGCCAGCGCUUAAAUGUGAUAAUUCAUAAAUAAACUUGAGAAAUUAAGCAUUUGCCAGUACAAAACAUCGUCUGGAUUUACUCGGUUUGAUUUCAAAUUAAUGGUAUUUGUAGCAUGUCAUUCUAAAAUGUUGUCCAAACUUGCGGCUUCCCCUGCUCCUGAAUACUUUAAAGAUUACUAUUAGAACAAAUUAAAGUGUUUUUGUAAAUAUUUUAAUUUGUGUUAUUUCAAGUAGGAACUUAUAUAAAUUAUAAACCAAAAUAAAUGUCAUGUACUAAGAAAAAGUGAGCAAGACCUCCAGGACCCAGGGCUGGAAUCGAACCAGCGUCCUCUGCUAUCGCGGCAGGUGCCUCGGCCCCUCGGCCUCGGCUCGUGAUCUGCUCGUUCCCGGCGGCAUAGCGAAUUUUUCCAAGUAUAUACAAUUUUUUUGCCGCGACAGCAGAGGACGCUGGUUCGAUUCCAGUCCUGGCUCCGGAGGCCUUGGUCGCUUUUUCUUAAUAGUAUAUGACAUUUAUUUCGGAAUUAUAAAGUUAUUUAGAGGGUUGAAUUUGAGAGCAAUUAAAACAUGUUAGCUCUAGUCGAGGGAAUACCCAGCUUUGGAGGGGCACCACUUUCACUAAGCACUGAUUGUUGAUGUAUUAAGUUAAUAGUUAAUACUAUUAACAUGUGAUUAAUGUUCGGUCGUAAUUAGGGAUGUAUGUUGAAAUUUUAAUCUUAUAAGAUCAAGCGUUAUAUUUUUAUGUAUAAAAUUUAGGCAUAGUCUUUGGGAUUUGUGUACAUUGUCAUAAGUGUUUCCAUUCAAUCUGUCACUUACAUAGGCAUCAUCGGUCUCCAUAAAUUGCAAUUAAAUACAGCAUGUUUUCAUAAUGUUUAUAAUAAGUUCUUAGUACAGCUAACACUAAUUUUGCAACGCAAACUAUGGCUGAACGUUUUAAAAACAUCCUGAAACGUGGCCCGGUUUUUAUCUGGUUGUCGUUUAUUUUUCCUCAGAUUUCGAUAAAAUUUGGUGGAUAGAUUAAUGAAAUCCCUGACACUUUAUGUACUAUUACUAUUAUUAUUUGUAAUUCCUUAAAAAAAAUUUUAGACACUGAUUUCGUAUUUAUUCCGCCCAGAAUGAGCUAUUCAAACUGACCAAAUUUUAUCAACAUCUGACAAAAAAACGACAACAAAAUAAAAAUCAGCACACAACUGUAUGCAAUGAAAAACAGAUAAUUACAAAUUUGUAAUUAUCUGUUUUAACACUUGUUUUUAAUUGUUAUUCUUAAGGGAAUCCACGUCAUCUAAGUAUUUGGCAUCUGCAUGUUAUAUAAACACGUGAAUGUACAUACAUAGCCAUAGCGUAGCUCGGCCUUGCUGUCAUGUAAUGAUAACUGUACGUUAGACCAUUCAAUAAUGUCCACAUAUCAACUGAUAUGAUAUGGUUAGGCUGCCUUUCCUCUGAGGUGGUGAAAGGAGACGCACAAGAAUCAACAAAUAGCGGUUGUAAUCCAGCAUAGCGGAGAAGAUUUUGACAUUGGUUGAUUCUCCUGUUUAUUCUCAUCUCCGCCUCAGUGGAAAGGCAGCCUUAGUACAUAAUGCCAUGUGUAUGAAUGUGAUAUGGAGUAGUAUGAUCUGUUCAAUAGUUUAGGGUUCGAGUAGACAAAUUUAAAAUGGGCCCCUAAAUUAAAUUUCUUAUUUUUCACUGGAGUAAACUAUGAUUUUAAUAACAAUCUGCCCAAAGGCACAAUCCAACUGUCUUUUUAGUACAAAUCAGACGGAUUGGAUAGUAAAUUCUAUAACUAAAUUUAGUAUCUGCGAUAUCAACUGGCUAUCAAUCGUUUGUGCUAAGAAAAUGAUAGAAUAUAAAUUAACUAAUUGAGGCUUGAUCUAAUUAUUUAUGAAUGAGGAUUUUUUAUAUAUAUCAAAUGUGAGUUUACUGCAGUGAAUUUAAAAUUUGUAUUUAGGGGAAUUUGUGAAAGAGAGAAUGUUGUGAUCGCCAUUAAAUUGGAAGCAUAUUAGACCCAUUCAUUUGCAUUUCAUAGUCUGUAUAUUGGUAGUAAAAAUA